AUGAACUUCACAAAGAAACAAACCAGGUAUCGACUUUUUACAAAAGAAUUAUCCUAUCACUUGGAACUCAUUGAAGCAAAUGACACAACAGACCAAGGACAAAGUGUCAAUCCACAAGAUCUUAAAAGUACUAAGGAAGAGCUGCAAAAACUAAACAAACAGCUUUUUGAAUACAUUGAGAAAGUAAGGAACUUGGAACAAGAAAACAUAGUUACUGAAAAUGAGCUGAAACAACUGAAGCAAAGCCACAUUCAAGUGGAUAAAAUUUUUGAAGAUGAGAAAAUGAGAUUGGCUGCUGAACUUAAAGAAGAGAAGAGAAAGUGUGAGCAACUACAAGGAAAGAAUGUGGAGCUUGAAGGUAAAACUAAGGAGAACACUACGAACCUUACGAACACAAAAAAUCAAGUGGAGGAAAAAGAGAAAGAGUUAUCAGAGCUUACAGAUAAAUAUGCAAAGAUGGAGGCAACAAUAGUUUCUAUGGUGGAAAAACUCAAAUUCUACGAUGAAAUAAUCCAAGCAAUUUCCAAGAUCAAGAAGGAACAAGUGCUGAAAGAAGAGCUAGUUAAAGCCUACGAGAAGGAAACAAAAGAAGUCAAAAUAAAAAUAACAACCAUAGAAUCUGAGAUGAAAAUGUUGAAGGACAUCAAAACUGAGCUGGUAAAAAGUCAAACAGAGAAAGAAAUGCAAUACAACGAACAAAAGGAGGAGUAUAAGAAAACAGUAUCAGAGAAGAAGAAAGAGGUGGAGACAGUCAAGACAGACAUAAAGAGACAGAUCUCACAGUACAGAGGUCUGACAGAUGAGAAGAUUAAACUGGAUGAGGAAAUAAAAGAAUACAGGACUGUGCUGGAUGAAGGAGAAACUCACAUCAAGAGUCAAAAGAUGCUAAACUAUUUGGUAGUUUGCUAUAUCAACUAUAUUUAGCAAAUAUAACUCUUCUUAAUAAUAACUUCAUAAAUGUCAUAAUCAAACAUAUAAGAUGGUGUGUAUGUACCUAUAACAAAUUAAUAUAACUGAA